AUGAAUUCUGUCGGUGAAAUUCGUGAGGAAGAAAGCGAUGGCAAAUCUCAAACCUCUUCUUCCUCUGUUUCCGGUGAAACAAGCAAUGAUUCGGGUGGAGAAACAGUUUCCAGUGGAGAUAUAGUUUCCGGUGAAACAACCACUGAUUCCGGUGGAGAAAGAGUAGCAGAACAUCACGACCAAAUCAUUUAUGAGCCAAUGACCCCAGUCGGUGGAUUUCGUGAGGGAGAAAUCAAUGGAAAACCAUUUCACAAAUUCAACUUCUUAUCAGAAACGGAGACCCCCAGCACCGACGACUUCCCUCCUCUUUUCGUCUGUCCUUCUUUUCGCUGGAGUGAUGAAUGGAUUGACCUAAAGUCGAAUAAUCCUGAUGGCAAUGACUUUGUCCCGGUGGAUGAUUUUCCUUAUCCUUACAUGUUUAACAAAAGGAGCGGUGAUCAACAAUUCCAGUUUUUGAUUGGAUCCAACGUCUAUAAUCAUACUUGUAAGCUCCCUCUCCUCCCUCUCUUUAAAGAGUGUAUGCCAGAUGAUGAUGACGGAUUUUUAUGCGGUUUAUGCUAUAGUUCAUUGAUCGGCACAGGUUAUUAUAUCUGUGCCACAUGUGAUAGAGAGUACCAUAAAGAAUGCAUAGAGUCUCCACUUCAGAUCCAACAUCCUUCUUACCCUUUUCGAUCUCUCAAACUUCACCAUUAUUAUCCUAGUUCCGAAGCUAGUAUCCACAAGUAUCCUUGCUUCUGUUGUCAAGAAAUCAUCAUUCAAAAUCUUUAUUAUUGCCCUACCAACAAGUUAAUUAUGCAUCCAGUUUGUGCGAUGAAGCCAAUACCCAUUUUUAUAGACCACCCAAAAAGGCAUCUUCACCCUCUCACCUUUUUCCCUAAACAAAAUUUCUUACCGUGCGAUAUUUGUGGCCUUAUCAAAGAACAUUUUCCAACGUAUGUCUGUGCUCGGUGUGUCUUCGUAGUCCAUCAAGAUUGUAUUUAUCACCCCUAUGUCAUCAGAAUCUCUCGUCACCACCACCGUAUCUCCUUUAUCUCCUCCCAUCCGCCUGGAAAAUGGUUUUGCGGAGUGUGUCGUCGAAAGGUCGAUCACAAUUAUGGUGCCUACUCUUGCAACAAGUGUGAUGGUUAUUUUGUUCAUACAAAAUGCGCACUGCGAAGGGACUUAUGGGAUGGGAAAGAACUUGAGGGAAUACCUGAAAAGCCUGAGAUAAUUGUUGAGCCAUUCCAGAGGAUAAGUGAUGGAAUAAUACUCCAUUUUGCUCAUGGCCAUCAUAUGAGACUCUGGAUCAGUGGAGCUUACGACGAAGGAAAGUUUUGUCAAGCGUGCAUCCUUCCAAUCUACGAAGGUAGCUACUAUCUGUGUAUGGAUCAAUGCGACUUCAUUCUCCACGAAGCCUGUGCCAAUGCGCCUCGCAAGAAACAACAUGCGUUGUGUGCUCGCCCACUUACACUAAAGGUUGGCAAUAUGAAAUAUUCGGAUGACUUCUUCUGCAAUGCUUGUUGCCGUCUGAGUUGUGGUUUCCUCUAUGAGGGUUACAAAGAAGAAAUAUGUUUUGAAUUAGAUUUCAGGUGUGCAUCGGUCUCUGAACCAUUUCAAUAUGAAGGCCAUAAGCAUCCCUUAUUCUUAGCUUUAACGCCGGAAGAAGAAAAAUCAGCAAUAUGUCAAGUAUGCCAAGAAGAGGGUGACGAAUAUAAUGAUCGGGGAAAACUAGCUUGCAUCGAUUGCAAUUAUAUCAUAUGUUUUAGAUGUGCUACUUUACCGUACAAGGCAAGGUAUAAGCAUGACGAACAUUUCCUCAUAUUUCGGAAAAAGGAAAUUUACCGUACAAGGCAAGGCUGGUGUGAUAUAUGCGAAAGCAAAAUAGUGUAUUCAAGAAAAGGAGGUUUCUAUUCUUGCGAUGACUACUGCUCCACCACUGUUCAUGUUGAUUGUCUGCUUGGGAAACACCCGUAUUUGAAACCUGGUCAGAUCAAGAAUCAGGGGCAGGAUGUUCUUAUUCUUCACAACAAGACCAUGUCUCGGCCACUUUGCCAUGGUACAAAACACCGUUGUCAAGAUAAAAUAGUUUUCAAAAAGAGAAACGAAACAUUUUGUUCUUUUUCUUGUUUAGAAGAAUUUUGA